AUGGUAUACACUAGCGAAGGCUUUACCUGGACCCCAAGCGCAGGGGUCAGUCAUGGGCUACCAACCAUAGGAGCGGUCGAUCCUCCAACAUUCUUUGCAUCCUCCAAGGAUCAAAUCUACGAUGUUAUCGUGGUUGGUGCGGGAUAUGCAGGCCUAGUUGCCUCCCGUGACCUGUCCACACAAGGAAAGAAGACACUGCUUGUUGAAGCUCGUGAUCGGCUCGGAGGCCGGACGUGGCAUUCAACUAUCAAUGGAUUCAACUACGAGAUGGGAGGAACCUGGAUCCACUGGCACAUGCCACAUAUCUAUCGUGAAGUCUCCCACUACGGACUUCAGGACGACUGGGUUGUGACUCAAGUCCCUGGAGGGAAAGAGGACUACUGCACGUUGACUACCGGAGAGCAACAGAGGAACAUUUCUCACGAAGAGGAGGCCGACCUUUGCGGUAGAGUUUUCCGGAUCUUUUGCAACUUGGAUGGCAAUGACCUCAGAGAGAAGUGGAAAUACGUAUUUGGUACUAAGCUUGAUCCUCAAUUCGCUGCUGAGUGGGACAACCUUAGCUGCAGCGAUCGACUGAAUCAAAUCCGAAAUCAGCUGAGCCCAGAAGAGCUAGCAGCACUCGAAGCUCAGCUCGUCCAGAUGGGAGGCAACUCUCCAGAUAAGAUUGGCUUCUUGAACGCUCUUCUAUGGUGGUCUCUGGGCUCACAUACAGGGACUGGGCUGAACGAAAUCGCACUCCAUACUCGCCUUGCUAGCGGACAAAGUGAACUUCACCGACGGAUUUUUGAGCACGCUGCCAGCACUGGUAACCUCUCCUAUGCAUUUGGUUAUCCUGUCAAGAGCGUCCAGGACAAAAAUGGCCUCGUCACCGUUAUAGCAAGAGACGGGACAGCCUGGAAAGCAAGGUCUGUGAUUUGCACGGUGCCCCUCAACGUCCUCGCCGAUGUUCAAUUUUCGCCAAGUCUUCCUGUUGAAAAGGUGGAGGCUUCAAAGAUGGGCACGGCGAAUCUCUGCAACAAAGUCCACAUUGACGUCCAGGGACCGGAUUAUUUAUCCUGGGGCUCUCUUGCUAGUCCGGGUAAAGGGCUCGUGUCGGCAUUUGCAGAUCAACUUACGCCCGCAGACAACACUCAUCUUGUGUCGUUUGGCCCGGACCCGAAGUCAUCUUUGGGAAUAAAGCUGGAUAACAUCGACAGAAUUAUUUCUGCUUUCAAACACCUGCUUCCAGCGGAAAAGCGAGAUGAAGUUUUGGUGAACAGAAUUGUCGCGCAUGACUGGAAUAACGACGAGUUUGCUAAAGGGACAUGGCUUUUUGCGCCUCCCAAGCUUACUACAAAGUAUCUAGAGGCUCUACAACGCCCUCACGGUAAUGUCUACUUCGCUAGUGCAGACUGGUCUCAUGGAUGGCGUGGAUGGAUUGACGGAGGCGUCCAAAGUGGUAUGGAAGUAGCUCGGGAUGUGAUCCAACAUCAGAAGGCCGCCAGUAACAAUUCGGAUGGGAGGGCCCAAAACUCCCGUUCUCAAUCGAAGCUUUAA